AUGACGGCAAAAUUUGAGAUUGAGAAGUUCAAUGGGAGUAAUUUCUCCAUGUGGAAAUUAAAGAUAAAGGCAAUCAUGAGGAAGGAUAAUUAUUUAGCAGCAAUUGAAGAUAGAACUGAGGGAAUAUCUGAUGAGAAGUGGAAUGAGAUGGAUAACAACGUUGUUGUCAACUUGCACUUAGCAUUGGCGGAUUCAGUUUUGUCUAGUAGCUUACCAGAUUCAUAUGAUCCACUUGUCGUCAACUUAACAAAUAAUAAUGUUACAGACCGUCUAUACUUUGAUGAUGUUGUCGGAGCUAUUCUUGAUGAAGAGUCCAGGCGUAUAAAUAAGGAAGACCGUCAAGAAAACUCAAAACAAGUAGAAGCUUUGACAAUGACAAGAAGCAGAUCAGUGGAACGCGGCCCCAGUGGGAGCCAAAAUCAUGGUAGAUCAAAAUCUCGAAGUAAGAUGAAUGUGAGAUGCUACAAUUGUGGAAAGAAAGAACACUUGAAAAGAGAUUGUUGGUUUAAGAAGAAUGGUGAGAAGUCUUCUGAGGCAAAUUCAUCUCAAGAAUGUAUUGCCAAUACCUCUGAUGAUGGAGAGAUUCUAUAUAGCGGAGCAACAACUAAUCCCAAAGGUAGUAAACAGCUCACUGAUGUUUGGAUAAUUGAUUCAGGAGCAACAUGA